UCCCACAUAAUUGCUGCCACACUUUGAGUGCAGAGAAACAUGAAGUUUCACAGGAGCUGCCAGAGCUUCUCCUCAGUCUUCCUAUUUAUUGGUAUUUCUUGGGCUCUUCUUAUUGAAGUUCCUCAGGAUUCACUCAAUGGAACUGUCGGUCAAUCUGUCCUUCUCUCUGUCACCUAUAAACUCCAGGGAUCAUUUCCCUCUCCACUGUCAAUUCAGUGGACUUUCAGCAAUACCACCAAUGUGCUUGUCACCUACACAGGGACUAACAUCUCUGUCAGUGCUGAGGGGAUUCCCACCUGCCAUUCUGGAAAUGUUUUUAUACAACCCUCAUAUCAAGGUCGUAUUAUGUUUUUUCCUGAAAAUGCUUCUCUGCUUCUUCAGAACCUGAGUCUCAUUGAUGGUGGAGUCUACACUGUCAACUUUAGACUACUGAAAAAAACUAGAGACAUUGCAUUAAUUGUAUCAGCUCCUCAUUUUAACGAUGGAAACCCAGAGUCCAGUGAACCUACAGAAGAUGACAACCUUGCCAUCCCUGGGCACCCAAUAGACUACAUUGCUGGAGGCUGCUCUACGUUACUCUUUCUUCUGCUGCUGCUGUUGUGCUGCAGGUGGCACCGGGGUGCAGCUGGAUCACAAACAACCAGAAUUAUAAAGCAAGAGCAGGUCCAGAAUCCUGAGGACUCCCUUGUGGACAGUACUCUGUAUUUAGAAGCUCAAGAACAUCCUUUGACCAGAUCAAAGCCAGAGACUGAGUAUGCAACCAUCGGCUUCUCUGUACAUAACCUAGCCUGACACUGACAGCAGCAGAUUUGGGGAGUGAGAAGUACGUGCUCUUCCAUGACUGAAACUGUGUGAUUGGAGGUUCUGUUGGAAACAAAGGAAUUGUUCCUUUUCAGAAACAUGGAAACUGGAGGCAGUAAGGAAUGACUGAGGUCCCAUGAUGUCCAGUCCCUGAAAUCACCCAGAACUGCCCAGACACUUUCACAGAUUUCCCAGGCCAAAGGAAAACGUGUUUUAAAUAUGUUGAGUUUUAAUGGACUAAAACUGAAGAGCUGUCGUGAUCUCCAGGAAGAGCUAAAUUCCCAAUUUUGAGCACAAGAAGUGUUGCAUGUUUUUGAGCUUGAUAGCUCAGGAGCUAAAGUGACUUCUGCUCCUAUACCCCUAUGCAGGCAUCAGUUCUAGCAGAGCCUGGAAUAUUCAUUAUGCAUCAAGAAUGGCAAUCAGUCCAUCCUUAUAGCAUAUUCUUUGUUCAGUGGACUGUACACCUGCCAUUGUGAAGCAUUGGUUAAAUAUAAAAGAAGGGGUUUCCUUUUUUCAGCUGAAGGGACAGCUUUUUAAGGGACAUAUCUGUAUGUUUCUUUACUGUUGCCAACUCUCAUAAUUUGAUCACAACAGUCACAACAUUUGGUGUAUAUCUUAAAGCCCUAGCUCCUGGAGUCAUGUGAAUGCAGAAGAAUCUCAGCUUUCAGUUGAAAGAAAGAAAGUUUCUAGUUCUCAGGGUUGUGGACAAAAAGUGACCUUAGUGCGACUUAAAGGAUAAAAACUCAUAAGGUCAAUAAAAAGAACUCCAAAUGUAUUAUUAUUAUUAUUUUUAAUCUCAAGAUCUCUAGCCCCUUUUAGGAUUUUUGAAUGUUUGGAGCUGGUAAUACAGUUCAAUUUUAAUCUCUUCGUGUUCUUGGGAAUGUGGAGGGGGAUAGAUGGGACAGGGCUGUCUGUGCUAGAGGAGAACAGGAAUCAAACAAGAAAAUGCAAAUUAGGCUCUUUUACAGCAAGGUGCCUUAAACAUGUACCUAACUUGAAGCAAAUGAAUAGUCUGAAGGAACUCACAUGUGAAAUUGCAGAACUACUAACUGUGGUAUGUAACCUAUCGCUUAAAUCAGUUUCUGUACCAGAUGACUGGAGGAUAGCGAAUGUGAUGACAAGUUUUUAAAAAGGGCUCCGGAGGUGAUCCUGGCAAUUACAGACUGUGAAGGAGCAGAGAGACUGCUGCCGGGCACAGCAGGGGUUAAAGAACACCUGUGGGUUCAGCUAGCCCAGCUCCGUUAUACCUGCAGCCAAUACCAGGCCUGGAGGGGGAGAAAAGAAAGUCAGGCUCAGGGGCUGACUGGCAAAGAGGCAGGAGCUCUCUGUAUGUCUGCCUGAAGUCACAGACCAGCAGCCUACCUGCCAACGCAGCCACUGGAGGCAAGUAAAUCUUCCCCUGCCAAGGGGAAUCUACAGAUAAGCCCCAACUGUGGGGCAACUGGACUAGCGGGGCCAUGCCCCAAACCAAAAGGAUUUCCAUAGGAAAAUCAGGAAAACAGACCCUGAACCACCUCCCCCACAUGGCUGGGAGAAAGAUCCAUCUCACCUAUUUAGGGGUUGAGCGACACAGGAUCCUGGGCCAGGACCUGAGAGAGAAGGAGGGGUCAAGUCCCCCUACAGCCCCCCAACCAAUGAUCUAGCCACUAGGCUCCCCAGCCACUGAUGGCCCUCUCACACAGACCAUUAAGUCUAACUUCAGUACCAGGCAAAUUGAUUGAAACUAUAAUAAAGAACUGAAUGAUCAGAC